CUUCAGAGCAACAGCACAAGCCGUUCCAAGUCGUGUCCCUACAUGCAUUUGAGCGCACCCAUUGUCGCGCCAUAAUCUUCUCGCUCCGAACGACGCGCUUCGGGUACUCGACAAGUCCUCGUCGUCGUCUGAUCCCACGCGUCUCGCUUGUCCACCUCCAAGCAUUAUGAUGCAAGGCAUGUCCUUUCCUCCGCACCCAGCGGGCAUGCAACCUGGUGUGCCCCAUGGUCAUCCCGGAAUGCCUCCCAAUGGCCAGCAUAUGGGCCAACCCAUGCAAAUGCCUGGUGUCUCAGGACCUGGUGGUCCUCAGAUGGGCCAACAAACCAUGAUGGGUAUGCAACCUGGCCAGCAGAACAUGCAUCCCGGUAUGGGACCCGGUCCGGGCGGUGGCAUGCAGAUGCCGCAGCAGUCGAUGGGCGGACCCGGUGCAAACGCCAUGGCCAUGAGCCAUCUCAAUCCUCAGACCCAUAUGAUGCAGCAACAGCACCACCAAAUGCAGCAAGCCAUGGCUGCAAACCCUCAAUUGAUGUUACAACAGCAGCAACACAUGGCCCGUCAGCGACAGAUCAUGGCGCAACAUCAGGCCCAGCAACAGCAGCAACAACAGCAGCAGAUGAAUGGUAUGGGCAUGUCAAUGGGCAUGAACGGGCAACCGGGCAUGAGCCCUCAGCAAUUCGCCCAGAUGCAGAACAAUCCCAACUUCCAAAAUGCUCAAAUGGCGAACCUACCACCCCAGCACAUGAUACAGAUUCAACAGAUGCGUCAACAACAGGCAAUGGCUGCUCAGCAGGCACAGCAGCAACAGCAAGCCCAGCAACAACAGCAGCAGCAACAGCAGCAAACUCCGCAUCCCCAAGGCCCUCAGGCUCCGGCAACACCGCAGAUGACCCAACAGGCAAUGGCUCAGCAUAUGGCAAUGCAACAUGCCAACUCCCAGGCUUCGCACCAGAGUGCCCAACCGAACAGCCAACCUCCCCCUCAGCAACCGCCAUCAGCUCAGAUGAGGAGUCAGUCACAGAUUCCAUCUGGGCCUGAAAGUCAGGGUCAAGCUCCUCAGCAUAUCCAGCCCCCUCAGCCUCAACAGCCUCAGGGCCCUCAAGGACAAGCUCAGCAGCAGCAACCCCAACAACCGCCUCAGCCUCCCAGCGCUCAUCCCACGCCGCAGAUGCAAGCACAACCAUUGCCUCAGCAGCCUAGUGCUUCGCAGCCUCAACAGCCUAACCAGCAAACACCCCAGCAGCCAAAUCCUGCUCAGGCUCAGAACCAGGCACAAAAUGCUCAACAGCAACAACAGCAGGCGCAGCAACAAGCGCAGCAGCAGAUGCAGCAGGCCGCCCAACAACAGCGCCAGCAAGCCAUGAACAUGAACGGCAUGAACAUGAUGCGUCAGCAGCAGGCGAUGGCUGCUCAGCAGCAGCAGCAACAACAGGCGCAGCAGCAGGGCCGCCCAAGCGGUGGGCAGUUCAUACUCAAGUUGGUCCAAUUCUCAGACCACCUGAGUAUGUUCAACGCCAACGCGCCACAUUCAAGUACGCCUGAGCACUGGAAUGCGUUCGUCAACCAGUUCUGGAUGCCCGACGGCAAAUUGGUGCAACACAUCCUCGACAAUACAUCAUCGUCGACUAAACAGUUCGCCAUCAACGCCUCCUCGCUUGCACGAUACUACUGGACCUAUUUCGAUAGCGGCGUACAGAACAUCCAGCUCCAGCUCGAGGGUGUGAGAGAAAGCGCCCUUCCCAACGGCGGUGGCUCCAUCGUACAUUGCAACCGCGCUCGCUACAUCUUCUGGUUCGAGAACAACACUCAAUUGAUCUGGCAAGGCAGACUAUCGGCCACAUUCCCUCCUGGCUCAGACAAAUUCGACACGCUCGAAUUCGAAGUGUCCAAGACGGAGGAGUUUGUCUCCCGCUCGGAAAUCGCACGUAUCGUCGCGCAGGGCUCGCCCCUCAUGAACAAAAGUCCCAAGAUGAGCAGAACACCGGCUAAGAAGGCCAUGCAAAAGGCUCAGGGUGCCCUUCAGCUCGAAGACUUCCCGGCAGCCCCAGUCAACUCAUAUGCCGUAACCCCCGCCGUCAUGCAAUAUCUUGAGGUAGAUACGGUAGCGGAAACCAUCUUCUUCAUGAAGGAUCUGAUGGACUAUUCCCAGAAGAACGAGCUCCGACCCCACGACGCCAUGAACCAGAUGGUCGCUCAGAUCGAGGAGCAGCAACAGAACCAGUUCCAGCAGCCACAAAACAUGGUCCCGAAUCCCAUGCAGCCCAACCACGCCCAGAUGGCUCUGCAGAGGAACGGAAUCGUUCAGCCUCUGCCCCAGGGUAGUGGUACCCCCAACCAGUCCCAUAUGCAGUUGCCUGGCCAGACGCCCAACUUCUCUUCGCCGUCAGUCCCCCAUAUGAACUUGCCGAUGCAGCACCUGAACGGGCAACAGAUGAUGGCUAUGAAUGGCUCUCCCCACAUUGCUCACCCGGGCUUGCCGGGUGCCUCCUUGAUGGCCCCGAACCACAUGAUGGGGCAGAUGCAUCACUCCCCUAGCCCAAACAUGGGUCCGCCGAUGAUGGUACCUCAGCACUCUCAGCAAGGCAACCCGAACAGUGCUCAGCAAUCCGCAUCGACGAGCCCGAACCUGAGCAGCAAGCGCCGGCGCUCACAAGUCAAGCUUGAGGGUGAUGAAGGACUGGACGGACCGCCUUCACAACGCAUGAAGCCCAGUCCUGGCCUCAAGAAGAAGUGAAGUCCGGGUAAGCUUGCUCAGUCACGACUCGACUGACAUGUGCAUUCCAUUCUUGAUAAUCUUGUUUUUAGCCUGGUGCUCUCUUUCGACAAAUCCAGA